UUCAGUGAUAAGUCGUUCACUUUGGGCACCUGUUUGACCGAAACUAUUAAAUGUGAAGGUUGUUUAGACUUAUAGGUUAACGACCUCCCGAAGUCGUUUCGGAACUCAUAUUAUGUUUGAACUUACUAAUUAGCGGUCCUGAAGUUCACACCUACAUUAAUACGACAUAAAUGCAAAAGCCCUUUGCUGUAACACAUAGUGAUCUUCAGGAUAUUCUGCAAGAAUUUAUUGAUGAGUUAGUUGACUCAUGUUUGAUGGAUGGAAUUUUAACAAUGCAUCGUGCAAUAAAAUUAGGAUAUUUCCAUAUUAUUGCUCCUGAACAAAAUACAAACUUGUCGGAUAAUCUUGGCAAUGGUUCUUCGAAUUCAGGCUCUGGCAGAGACCCUAGCAAAACUGCUAGUUGCUGUCGAUGUGGGAAGUGUAAUUGUAAGGUUGCUGCUACACGUUAUGCUGUCCACUUAUCUAAUUGUAUGGGAUUAGGAAGAAACAGUUCAAGAAGAGCCAACAAGCGCAUAGCAGAACAACAACGUUUAGAAGAUGAUGAUACCGAAACCGAGGAGAAUUUUUUGGAGUCAUCUUCGGGAGACAUGAUCUCGUACAAGAACUCAGCAACCUCAUCUGACCAACUGGAAUGCAAAUAUUCUAACGGAACAGUUAAUAAUCAUCGAUCACCCUUAAAACUGACAAUCUCUUUGGUACCGGGUUCUGGGAAGCUAGAUCACUCUUCCAAACAUUCAAAUAGACAACUUGACCCAACGGCUGGUGGUAAUGAAUACAGCUGUCUGGAUGGAAAUAAUUCAUUAAAAACUUCCCAGAGCUCACAUCUUAAAUCAAGCUUACCGACUGUAGUGAGUGAAUCCAGCACUUGAUAGGAAGUUGGAACGACUCUCUGUCUAUUAGAUGAAAUUUAUGUGAAGCAUCAAGAUCAUUACCUUUUGACUACAUUUUACAAUAUGAAGUUUGUAAAUAAAAAGUAUUCUGUGAUUUUA